UUGUGCAUUAUCAAGAGGCACUAGAGGUGAUCUUGAAAUUUGCAAGAAUUUAAAUUCAAUUCAUGCAAGUUUUCUUUAGUCAGUCGUCAGUGUUCCGCAUUGUAAAGUGUAGCAAAAUGGAGCCUCGUUUCUCGUUCAUAUUUUUGUGCGUUUUAAUUUACGGAAGAGUGGGUCAGUUAGAUGCGCUGAAAAUGCCAGAUAGUUACUAUGAACUUGAUGGAUCAACGGAUUGUGAAUGUACGUUGCGAGCUUUGAAAGCUGAAGGAAAACUGGAUUUUGAUUUUCCGAUGUCGAAAGAACCACCGAAAUGCCGUCUCACACUGUCAGAAUUGAAUCAAGCUGUGAGGGCAGACAUGCGAGAAUUUGUUGAGAAAAAAAUGCCUAACGAUUCGAAUUGCCUACCCGAUGAAUUGGCCAAAAGCGAGAAGACAAUGGACCUCAUUCUGAUCAUGUCAUCCAUCCAACAGGCUGCCUUUUUUUCGGAAAGUGAAAAGAAUUUUCGGCUAAUCAAUUUUCGAAAUGAAAUGCGAACGAAUUUGAAGGAAAUUGCGGUAAAGUGUAGGGCCUCAGAGGAUGAGUUCGUUUCAUUAUUUCGAAAGGUCUUUGAAAAUAACGAAACUCUGAUUGCAAUGGAAUCCACCUAUUGUCUGGCCAAGUAUGUCACGGAUAAAGAAAUUUUGGACCUGCCAGACGUCAACUUAAAUCCAAACAACAUCAAAAUCAAAAAUCUCAAUUGCAGCAUUGUUGUGGAGGAAGAGAUGCGUAAAGAUGAAGAGAGAGUUCGUGAUCACAUAACUUUACGUGACGAGGCAGCAGUAGCAUGCUUGAUGAAUGUUUACAAGGAAAAUAAAAUUUUCGAAUUAGCUUUUGCUGCGCUUGUCUUGAGAGAUUUAGAAAUGCCAGCGGAGACGAAACAAAUACAGCGUAGUAAAUAUGAUGUAAAGCGAGCACAUCUGUCAGCACCGUUCAUAAACUGCUAUAAAAUGGACAAGGACUUCGAUCCGGUCCUUUUGCAAAAAAUUGAAGAUGUAAAUGCAAACCUUACAAAGGCCCACUUAAGUUGAAAUCGUGGAAAUUAUGCAGAUAUGUAGUACAGCUUUGUUAGUUUUUAUGUUUUGUAGAAUAAAAUGUUUAUUGCA